AGGAUAUUGUCGGCCAUCUUAUUUUCUGUGUCAUCAAACGAGGCAUACCGAACCCCUUGUUUACUUUAAUUUCUGCCUGAUUAUCAAGGGUUUUUUGCCUCUCCUUUGCAAUUAUGUCGGUAGUUGAUAGAUUAGACGCUGCUAAACACUCGAUAACUGGCUCUUAUAUAGCCAAAAUCGUUUGCAAAGCGUCGAGCCGCGAAGUUAUGGGACCGAAAAGGAAGCACUUGGAUUGUAAGUUUACUCUUUGACUAAAUGUCUCUGAUAUUUUACUAGUUCAGAGUUGACGGUAGUUGAUGAAUCUUUUAUUGAUAUAUUUUGUUCUUCAGAUCUAACCUCCUGCACACAGAAUGACAAUGUCUCGAUUCCAAACCUGGCGGAUUUAAUAUUUGAAAGAUGCACGAAUUCCAGUUGGGUAGUAGUUUUCAAAGCCGAAUGCACUUUCCAUCACUUGAUGUCUUAUGGGAAUGAGGUAAGUUAUGGAUCAUGCGUCUCUCUAAGAAUUUCUCUGGUAAAGAUAUCCCUCAGUAUUAACAGAAUGAGGCAUCUGUAAUCGGUUAGACACAUGCAAACGCUACGAAAGUUCGUACACACAAGUUAGCGUUUGUACCAGUAUCCGAUGUCACCUAUAAUCAGACAUUGGUGUCUCGCAAAAAAAAUUUCAGUUCUACUUUUGCCAAAUAACUAUCAUAUUUUAUGUCUUCGAUCGAAGUUUCGCCUUUUGAAAGAUGUUGUUAAAUUACUCAGUUCUCUGUCUGUUUUCUUCGUAGCAAGGUAACAUCGAUCACAAUUUUCUGUCAAAUUUGGCGUUUAUCUUGUUGGGAAUUAUAUAACCGUGUUUUGUGUCAUAUUAGCGGGAAAAAUAAUUUCAAGUAAGCUUGUUUAUGGUAACCCCUAAAAUAUGGGGCUCAUUGUAAAAGCAAUAAAGUUAUCUUGUUUUUAUAGGUCUAUGAAAUGUCCCACGAGAAAACCCACGAAAGUUAAAACUCGUUGGAAGUUGCAACUUCAGGAAAAUUCCUUAAAAAUUAAACCGAACGUAGUCAGGAAUACUAUCACUGCCGAAGCACUCUCAAUUAUUGAUGAGAAGAAUAAAGAACUGUUUUUUUCUUUUAGUUAUAUUAGCUCAAUCACGCCCCUAAAAUAAGUUUGGGGGUUUGCCAAACCUAGUGUGAAAAUAAAAGUUGCGAUGGGAAAGUGUUCGUUAAUUUCGGAACUUUAUAUUCAUGUUAUUUUCAGUUAGCUUCGUUUGAAUAUUAUGCUUCAGUCAAAUGGGAGACAUUUUCACGGUGUCGUUUUUUUCAUCGCUUGUUUCUUUCGUAAGUGAUGUAACGUUCCGAUGUCAUUCAUUUAUGUAGGUUUCGAGCUUUCAACCGGUGCGAAUUAUGUUUAUCUGGCACCUUAAUUAUCCAGAUAGCUCAUCAUUUAUCUCCUGUGUCGAUCAAGAGAUAAAUCUUAUUUGUGGGAUUUCUGUCGUAUCGAUUACUUACUCAAUUCUUGUUUCCAUUGAAAUUAUUUUUGAAGCAUUUCUGUUUCAUUGUUGAACAAAAAUUCCUCUUUGCCCAUAUCGUAUUCCAUGUCAACACAAGGAUGUAAUUUACAUAUUUAUGGCGUAUGUUUCUCGCCUUUCAUCUGAAUCUUUUCAUUUCCACCUGAGAAGGUGUCGUGGAACUUUGAUAAAAACGGUUGAAAGUGUUGUUAUAGUGCAUCAAUGAAUAUUUGCAGUAGAAUAUUUCUGUAUUUAAAAAUGUAGUAGUGAGUUUAGUUUUUUUUCUUAAGAGAAACAUUUCAAGAUGUUAUUGAUCUUUAUAAGGGUUAUUUUCUGGUGCUGUCACUUUAUUUGAAAAAUACUAGACAAAUUAUAAACAAUGGAAGUCAUUACUAAUCACAUGACUAAUAGAUAUUCAUCAUUUAUUUUGUAUUACAUUCAUACUCUGCUCAUCUUUUUCACAGAGAUUCAUCCAAUACAUGGCUUCAAGAACGUCAAACUUCAGUCUUGGUAACUUUCUUGACAAAAGUGGUGUUCAGGGUGAGUGAUAUCAUUGUUUUACUUCAAGUUGUAUUGCUAGAUUUAUUUUCAAUUUCUAAUCUCUUUUAUCAGUGAAAUACCCAGACUGUGUUCCACCUUUAAACUUAAGAUAUUUGGCAUCAUCUGUAUGGCUUUUUUCAGCUAUGGGGAAACUACAGUGUAGUAGAUAUAGUACAUCAUAAAAAUUGAAGGCAUGCUAGGUGUUAAAGUGUCCUAGGCUUUGUUCUUUCCAUUUUAUUCCAUGGUUUAUUUAUAUAAACUCAAUUGCAUCAUUUGAUAUUUUUGUAAAGGAUAUGACAUGUCAACAUUUGUAAGGAGAUAUGGAAAAUACUUAAAUGAGAAAGCUACUUCCUACACAGAAAUGGGAUAUGACUUUUGCCGGAUCAAAAGAGGGUAAGAAAAGAUUCCAUUAGAACAUAUUUUUAUGCAAGUUACAUUAAAUACAUUUGACUUUCAAAACAAUUCAUUUUUCUUACAGAAAAGAAGAGGGUGUUUUAAGAACAAUGGAUGCUCCCAAAGUAGGUGUCUUAAGUUUUUUAACAAUACUACAAUGUAUUUAUGAUGCAAACUUUGUUUUUGUUUGGCCAAGUGACCAAACCAAGACUUGAUCUGGUGAAGAGCUAUUUUGUUGGCUAGACAGAGAUUAUCUUGAAUUAUUUGAUUAAAACAAUGACAAUAGGAAAAAGGAUAGCUUGAAAUCCAAAUAUAGGCAACAUUUUUUAAUUACUUUUAGUAUCUCAUUUCAACCCACCCAUCCAAAGAAAUGAUUCUUCCAAGGGAAGCAUCCCUAUGUUUUUAAUUGUCUUUCUUUGCCUCCUUUUUCAUCAACAGCUUCUCAAAGCCCUCCCAGUACUGCAGCAGCAAAUUGAUGCUCUUCUUGAAGUGGAUGUAUGUUGAACUUUUUUUGUAUCCAACUAUCCUCUGUUAUUUUUUUUACCAGUAAUUCAUUAAACCAUGUUUUUUCAGGGCUCCAGACUUAACUCUUUCUAUUGUUUCCAAAUAGCAACCUAAAUCCUCAAGCAAUCAACACAAAUUUAGUAUUAGGGGUUACACAUACAAAUUUAUAUACAUUGUGCAGUGCAGGUGGAACCAAUCAUUUUCACCUUAUGACAUGCUUUUAUGGUGCACAAAUGUCUUUCUUACUGUAAUUUUAAACCAUUAACAGUGAGUGUUGUACAGUACUGCUCAAAAGUAAUUUGACAGUUUCAACUCGAUCCUUGAUCCUUUACUCAAAACUAUUGAGAAUGGAGGAACAAGACACUUGGAGAACUGGAUCUGGAACUGCAGUAUUGAGAAAAUUAUUUAAAAACUAUUUAAUUAUUGCAUGCAAAACAAUAGUGAAGGACAAAGCACUUGGAAUGCAGCUCUUCUUUAGACAUGCAGACAGCUUGCAGACAUGCAAAAAUUUUUAUAUCGGGUAAGGCUCGAGCUUUAGCCAAGCCCUGUCUUAGUGUUGAUGAUAUUGAAUAAAGCAUGCGCUACAUUUAUUUUUACAUCUACAAAGCUUAACUUUUACUGGGAACGAGGGUCGCCAAUUUGGCGAUUUCUUCAGCAAAUCUAGUGAUUACACAUGGCAACCGAAAUACUUGCAGUUUGGAUCAGUGAUGUUAUGGUAUACCUUAUUUAACAAUUUAUCUGAUAGGUAGCCCAUUUCUAUAUUAACCUUACAACUUUUGGACAUACUAAAUUAGGUCAUGCAAAUCAUAGCUUUACUUAUUUGUAAUUUUUCUUUUUCAGAUUAAAUCAAGUGAAUUGACAAAUGGUGUGAUAAACAGUGUUUUUGUACUUCUGUUUAAGGUAAAAAAAAAAAUUUUUUGAUUUUAUGGUGAUACAUGUAGCUUGAAAGCACCAAGUAAAAUCAAAUUUCCUUGGAUAACUAGUCAGAUUUUCUUUAUUUUAUAUGGUCCUGAUUGGCCUUUUUGAUUGAAAUGUCUUUAGUAAAUAUGUUUAAAUAUGCUUAUACACGUUUAGCAAAUGUGUUAAAAAGCAGUAAUAAAAAUAAAAAAUAAAAUAAAAAAUGAAAUGUGUAUACUUAAUGCAAAAACUGAGUAAUCUGAAGGGGUAGAUAGUGUGAAACCUCUUACAUUAAUUUUUUUUUUUUUUUUAAGGAUGGCUCGUCAAAGAUUAUCAUAACCUUGAAGUUUGUUUUCUUUUGUCAUUAGGACUUAAUCAGGUUAUUUGCCUGCUACAAUGAUGGAAUUAUAAAUUUGCUUGGUAAGUGACUAUGUUGAAGUUUAUAUUUGAUAAUGUUCUUAAAUCCUCCUAUUUGUAUCUGUAUUAUGUAUGCAGAUAAGUGAUGCAAGAGUGGAAAAGUGCUCCUACCUAUAAUUCCUCUUUUUGCCUUUCAAAACCCUCUCUUAACAUUUCCUUCUAUUUUCUCCUGUAUCCCCUUUGCUUUAAAGUUUCCCCCUGAUGCCACCACCUCCCCCCCCAACCAUCUCCACCACCACCCUCUACAGUGCAAUGGAGGCAUAGAUCUAAUGAGAACUAGCUCUUCAUCAAAAUUGAUAGCUAUUGGAGCUUUGAGGAAUUACUCACUGUUUUCUUUUAGAGAAAAAUUACUUGCUUUCUAGAUUUGUAAAUGGAUAUUAAUAAUGAAUUGUACUGGUAGUUAAUGAAAAUGUUUAAUGGAUUGUUUUUUACAUUUUGAAUUCUUAGUGGCCAUUCCUGUGUCUAUCAAAUACACCCUCCCUUUUUCAGAUUCACCUUUAUUCACAUACUUUCAGAAAUAUUACACAACAAUGUACAAUUUCCUCGUGGGACCUCCAUCAAUUACUGCUUCAUAAAAGAGUCUGAAGAAAGCUUUCAACAAAAUAGGCUUUUUUAUAAUUUUGGAUUUAUUAUUAUUAUUUUUUUACAGAGAAGUACUUUGACAUGAACAAGAAAUCUUGCAAGGAGGCACUUGACAUCUAUAAGAAAUUUAUAACUCGCAUGGACAGAGUGUCUGAGUUUUUGAAAGUUGCAGAAGAUGUUGGUUUUGACAAGGAUGAUAUCCCUGAUCUUAGUAAGGUAGUCUAUCAGAAAAGCUCAAAAUUAUCUUUUCUUGGAAGCCAUUGUGGUUGUCUUUUUGCAGAGAGGGAUGAAGUGGUCUUAAACCUUUUAUAAGAACAUGUGUUAUUUUAAUACUGUGGUCCUUUCUUAGCAUGGAAGUGAAAUGAUUAUCUCUCAGUUGAUAACUGUAGUGGAUAAAGGUUUUUUCCCCUUUUGCCUGUCACCGUAAACAAUGUUCAACUUUAAGCUUUACCAUCAUAAUUGCUCAUGGUAAUUUUUUUUUCCUUUAGGCACCUAACAGCCUUUUGGAUGCCCUUGAAAACCACUUGCAAUCGUUAGAGAAAGGAAAGACAACUAACCCACCUACAUCAAAGUAAGUGGUACUAUAUAUAAAUAAGUCUAUCAUGAUUCACUUGACUUGAUUGUUACUCUGUCCUAUAGUGUCUGCUUUUUUUUUGUCUAAUGUACAAUGUAUCUGUCUGAUAAUUUUGUUUCUUCAACUGAGGUUAUUAACCCUGAAGCUGGCAUUUCAAGGGUUAGCCCUUUGUCAGAGCUAAGGAUACACAUUUGUCUGGUGCACCAUGUAAAGUUGUCUUUUUUGUUGUUGAUGGAAAGUCCCUGUAUUGGAUUGCAGGCCAUUGACAAUACCAAGCAUUACCCUUCCACCGUCAGCAACAGAUGCUUUUAGUGCUGGCAAGUUUACAACUAGGUUUGAAGGAGAUGAUGCUACCGAUGCUGGCCCAAAAGGUGAUCUUCUUGAAGAGGAGGAGAAAAAUCUUGAAGCUUUUAAGGUGGGCAUGUUUUUUUUGAGAUGCUGCUUGACAUUCAAGGGUGUCAUGAUCAUUAGUAUCAUCUUUAUUAACUAUUAAUAAUUGAAAAUCCUUGGGCACAACUUUUUGCGCCAUAUUUGACCUCCUGAUGUAGAUUUCAUGCAGCAUUUCUUUCCAAGUUGCAGAAAUCCUGCAAAAACACCCAAGAAGAAACCCUGGAAAUAGUUUUUAUUAAUAUUAUUAUUAUUAUUUAUUAUUUAUUAUUAUUAUUAUUAUUAUUAAUAUUAAAAAAUAGAAAGCAAAAGAUUCUGGAACACAGAUUCAAGUACCUCCAGUACAAGCGGCCACUCAGCCACCAGGCCAACCUAAGCAGUGGGAGUUGUUAGGUGAACCAGCCCAGCCUGCUGUGGCCCCACAAGUAUCUCCUAGCAAUGACCUUCUACAACUCAAUGCUGCAUUUGCUGCUGCUCCUUCACUGCCAAGUUCUGCAGCUUUUUCACCAAGUCAUCCCUUCCCUCCCAGCCAAGGCUUUCCAGCUGCACAAGGUUUUGGACCAGGUUCAGCAUCAAAUGGUUUUGGUGCUCCUCAGGCUGGACCCUGGGGUGCUCAAGCCCAAGUCCAAGCUCCUUCCAGUGGUAAGACCCUUUGAGCAACACUGCCUUCAGCAGAAUGAUAUUAGCCAGGUGUAGUAGCUGAAAAGCUACUUGAAAUGAAAUGAGGAUGUAAAACUCAAACAAGAAUUAGACCCAACACCGCAUACAUGUAUUAAUUUCAAAUUCUGGGGAGUUUGCUAUUGUCCUAAAAUCUCAGACAUAUUUGUGGGGACAGUCACAGCUUCGGCUGUGAAAUUCAAUUUUGGUGGGUUUGAUCUAAUUUGCAAAAAAUGUAACAACUACCACUGUCAAAAAAUUUUAGAGAGAAGAGUAGCAAAGUGAUGCAAUCCUACUGGUUUCAGAUCUCUGUCCUGCCAUAUUUUAUCAGAGAGUGUGGCAAACUAGCUGUGACAGCAACUUGUGGUAUUCACAAAUUUGCACUAACAUUUUCAGCCCUAUUCAUCAGCACUCAGCAAAUCAUCCUAGUCUGUUCAUAGUACUGUAGUCCUGAAACCAUAUUAUAGAAGAGGAUAGUGUUCUGGAGGAGGUGUGACAACUCUCUCAUACUUGUUUCAACACAUCACAAUUUUUGUUACUGUGCACGUUAACAGGUUUCAGCAGCAGCAGCGGCAGUACAAACCCAUUUGACAGCCAAGGUCAGGAUGAGUUUGCAGCAGUUUUUGGUGCUAAACAAAGCACUGUUCAAGGUCAUGAAGGUCUGGGAGACAUCUUGCUCCCAACAGUUCCUGGUGGAGGACUUCCGCCAACACAGGUGGAGAGUGGUAUGAGCAGGGAGCAGUCAGGAACUGACCUUCAUUCCAGCCUGCAGAGAGUUGCCAAGUCUUUAGGUGAGAAUAUACAAUGUACGCAAUAUAAAUCUGUUGAUCAGCUGAGGUUAUUUGGAGAGUGCCAAUUGAAUAAAUUAUAAUUAUUAUACAUGUGUACAUUGGAAUACAAUUUCAACCCCAAGCCUUGCUUUCAAGGUACAGACGGGUUAAUUUUAAUAGGAAGCUAUUCCCAAGUAACUUAAAUCAAAAGAAUUCAAAGGAAUUAGCACUCUCAAUUUGAAAAGGAUUUUCAGAAUGAACUCUCAGUGAUUAAAAUUAACCACCGUUGACCUUCAUUAGUUGUGGUCAGUGAAAUUUAGUUACAUUAAUAGUUAUUCAAACAUUGAAAGUGUGACAUUUUGCAAGGUGGUAACUAUUCACAGCGCCACAAAAUUGCAGGCAAGAGUCUGUAUUCACAAUUGACAUAAAGAAUUAGCUGUUUAGUAGGACCUCAUUAUUUACAUAAUGAGGCACAUGUUUCUCACCCUCAGGAAGAUUUUAAAUGAGUUGGGGCAUUGUUUGCCAGGGAUCUGACACUAUUAAUUAUCAAGCGAUUUGUUUUGCUCAAGGACAUAUACUUUCUUGUGGGAGCUGAAGUGCUGAUGAUGAUGGCCUGCAUGCAGGCUAGUAAAGAAAUCAGAUAUGCUACAUGUACAUGCAAAAUUUUUCAAACAUGAGUACUUGAUUAAAAUUCAUUAAAUCUUUUUGUUGAAUAUGUGAUACCUGUUAGUGACUUUUUUCUUAUGAAUUAUAGAUACAUUUUCCUUAACCAAUGGAAACAUUAUGGGUACCGCUGGUAGAACACAGCAUCAAUGGACAGCUCCAGCACCACAGAGUAAAACUGGUGGACCAAACUGGCAGGCUCCCAUUACAGCAAAAACAACUUUACCAGCUUCAAAUAUGCCAUCAAUGCAGCAGCAGCCAACUGGAUUCAGAUCAGCCUUUGCACAGCCACAACCAAUGGCACAGCCUUUCAUGGUAUGUACAGUAUUAAUAAGUUACUGAAAUUGAGAGAAAGGAAAUGUUGAUACCCCUCAUGCAGAUUUCUCAUUUUUUCAUUCUCUCUCAUUCCUUCCCAUUGUUUUGGCUCUUUGCUUUCUAAAGAAAUCUUGUUUCUCAUAGAUUCUUUAUUGUUAUUAGUAUCAUUAAUGUUAUUUUUGCCAUUGUUUCGUAAAUAGAUUUAGAUGUUCUCAUUAAGCAGGGCAUGAAAUUAAUUUUUUUGGAGGAUGUUACUAAUGUAUGUUUAACAACAUAUUCCUUGCUCCAGCAAACAAAGAAAUGUAUGGCUAUCAAUUGGACAAAUUACCUUUUAGAUGGUUGGAGUGUAAGCAAGGAUGAAUUUUUGUUUACAUGUAGCUGUUGUGGGGUCUUAUGGCACUGUCUGCUUUUUUUGUUUUAACAUGUGAAGCCACCUGGUCAGCCAGUAAUGUUCCCUCCACAACAGGGCUCUGUGUUUCCAUCUCAACCGUUCCAACCUCAGAGACCUGCACAGCCUGGCGACCCAUUUGGACCUGUCCCUGGCAGUCAGGUAAAUUGA